AAAUAUACUUUUUAGGACUCCAAAUAGAAACACCUCCCAAUAAUGUGGCAACGGCAGUAUUCCUUGUUUUCGAUGUAAAAAGUUGCGAAAUACAGUUGGUUAGUGUGAAUUUCGUAUUCUUCGACGUACGCUACGCUCACGAUUACGCAACCAUGCGCAUGACGUCAUGCGUACUAGCGAAAAUGGCGCCGGCGGUGCUGAGAUUCGAAUCAAUCGAUUCCGGAAACGGCGGCCCAAAAUGGCAAAGAUUCAGCGUGGAGAUGUCUCGACGUGCUCAAGCGCCUCGCAGACGAGCGCCGACGUUGCUUUGGGGUUUGUCCUUUCUAUUAAAAAAAAGGGACUCUUCUUUUUCCUUCGGAGACGGGAGAAUUUUGAGUCGUAACGGCGUCAUCUUGAGAGCUUUCACUACAACGCCACAAGUAGUCGUUCUCUGGUCAUUUAGUUCCGGAUAAAUUAUUUAUCCUUCGAAAGUAUGUUUUUUUUCUGUACUGCACAUGUUGCCAAAUUACGUAUUAGAAAGUGUCUAACUAUUUGUUAUGGGUUAUUUUCCUCAGACAGGAAGCUGAAAUGUAUUUCCUCUUUUUUAUUUCACAAUAAAUCACUUGGAACGCGAACGACAAAAUGCGGCGUUCACAUCGGUUGGCGGCGGCAUAAAGAGAAGAUGAUUUCUCAAGUAUUCGAAAUACAUCUAUUCGACAGCAACGCACCGCGCUUACUCAACAGGUGGCGCAAGCGAAAGAAUAGAAACUGCCGUCCUCCGAGCGAAGCAGCGGAAGCGGAAGUGAUGUCUCUUAAUUUGAAAGAGCGAUUUUUUAAACGAGUUGGCCGUCCGAACCGAGAAAAAAAACGGAAGACCCGUAAAGACAAUAAAACGACCCCAAAAAUGACCGCAAACUUCCAAAUUCCGCCCUGAGCCUCGAACGUCAGACUUGUGUUUUUCCCAACCCAUGUGCGACCUCCGACCCCAGAGUAGAGCAGCAUGAAGAAGAAAGCCAGGCGCUCGCAAGAAGCCGUCACCGGCAAUCAAAUGGUGGGCCAACGUUGCGUUCUGUGCCGAAGCUGCGAGGACGACCCGGCCUUGCUUGGGGACAAAAUCACUCUGCGGGACGACAACCUCUGCGUGCACUACUUCUGCUUGCUGACGUCGUGCGGCGUGUACCAGCGAGGCAAAGACGGCGAAGGCGUGUUCGGCUUCCUGGUGGACGACAUCAAGCGGGAGAUUCGCCGCUCGGCGCGACUGACGUGCUGCGCGUGUAAGAAGAAGGGCGCCUGCGUGGGCUGCUACGUGAAAAGUUGCCGGAAGACGGUUCACUUCCCUUGCGGACGCAAGAGCGGCUUCGUUUCGCAGUUCACCCAAAACUUCCCGUCUUACUGCCCCGACCACAGCCCCUUUCAGUCUGCGGCCGUGACCUCCAACCUGAGCCUGCCGCAGUCGUGCUCGGUGUGCUUGGACGCCAUCGACGGCGACCUGUCCUACGGCGUCCUCAAGUGUCCGUCCUGCCACGGCAGCUGGUUCCACAGGGAUUGCGUGCAGCGGCAAGCGCACAGCGCCGGCCUCUUCUUCUUCAGAUGCACGUUGUGUAACAACAAGGACCAAUAUCAGCAGGAGAUGCUGCGCAUGGGGAUCUGCAUCCCCGAGAGAGACGCCUCGUGGGAGUUGGAGGCCGACGCCUACGCCGACCUGCUGGAGGUCUACGUGCACUGCGACGCCCACGCCUGCGUCUGCGCCAACGGCCGCGGGCACGCCGCCAAAAGCGGGUGGUUUGCCGUGCUGCGGUGCCUGCUCUGCGGGUCCAGGGGGACGCACAGGAAGUGCUCGGGACUCGCGCUGAACGCCGCCGACUGGGCCUGCCCCGAAUGUGCCCACAAUGUGUCCACCGACGUAAACGCCUCCCUGGUGGCGUCUCCUCAGGCGGCCCCGAGGAGGACCGCCGCCUCCAAACGUCGCCGCCCUCGCCCGUCGCGCGUCUCUCCUGAGGAGCUCCCGGGGGACGGCGCGACCCCCCCGUUUUAUGUUAAACGUUCUUAAGAUGGAGCAUGAAGAGAAUCAAUGACAUUCUUCACUUGUUCAAAUUGUGACUUUGUCAUAAAGCCCCAACUUUAACUUUAUUCAUUGAAGAUGAUCACUUUUCAGUGUGAUGAGUGACAUCUUUGUUUUUGUAAAUCAAACCUUUUUGGACUCUUCUCAUCAUUUCCUCUGUUACUGUAACAUUUUUUCUCGGGAUAAGCUGUUUUUUCCAUUUCUUUUUUUCUACGUCAUCUAUCAGGGUACAAUUUGUAAUUGUCUCUUGGUUUCUCGAUGUCUUGUUGUGUUGGCGUGUUUGACUUUCCACUUUGGAGCUGUGUGCUUGAAGUUCUUUUCAAGUAAAUCCUG